AUGUGUUUCAAGCCGUUAUCAGAUGAUGAAGAUAAUGUGACAUCCAGGCCGGCGGCCCCACCAGUGGUGCUAUUGAUCAUUCAACUCAGUAGCAGUCAAUGCGCCGCGAGGCUCGCACGCCACGAUAAGCGUAUGCGCAACCGGCACUUAGUGAAAGUCGUACGCGCAGAUUUCGUGUUCCGACAUCUUCGGCUAGUUAAUUUGCUAAGUUCGUUGCGCCAGUGCGACGGCGAAAGGAGGUCGCCGGUUGGUACCUGA